AUGUUUCCUCGAGCCUUGGCGUUGCUCUUGACGUUGGGAUCUGCUGCCUCGUUCCCGGUAAAGUGGUGCCUGGACUACAAGCCCAUUGGUCACGUCCGCACCGAUCCCAUCAUCAACCCAGCUUGUCUUUCUGAUCAUGUUCACACUUUCUAUGGCCCUGGUAGGCUCCGUCCGGAGACAACUAUUGCGGACCUUGAAGCAACUCCAAUCAGCGAAACCAGCGGACAGGUUGUUGACAACAAGUCGUUGUAUUGGCAUCCUACGGUCUACAAAGUGGAUACCGAUCCGGUCACUUCAAUCAAGACGUACACCCGCUCCAUGAUCAGCUCGACGACAACAUACUACCGCUUUGAUGACACCCGACGUGCUGAAGUUGUCCCGUUCCCCAAAGGCUUGGUGAUGAUUGGUGGCCGUGGAGCUGACUCCACUACGGAUUCAGAGUGUUGCAGCAUUACCGACGAGGAUUGUGUGUUUGGCUCUGAAACGGGCCAGAUUUUCCCCUCUAACCCCUGCCCACUCUUCUCAAUUUGGAUGGAAUUUCCCAUUUGCUGGAAUGGGGAGCUGGACAGCUUGGAUCACUCCAGCCAUGUGGCCUACACCACUGACGGGACCCUCGAUGGCCCUUGCCCUUCAAGUCAUCAAGCUGGCCGUUUCCCACAAAUCCAAGUCUUUGUUCGCCUAGAAUCCUAUCCCGGCGGCGAACACAUUCUGUCUGAUGGCAGCGACACCCUUCACGCAGACUUCAUGAACGCUUGGGAUAACGACAAGUUGUCAUCUAUAAUUGAUGAGUGUCAACCCGCAGAUCUCGCGAACGAGGACGCCUGUGGAUGCGAGGACUUCUUCACCCUUAGGACACCCGAGGCUCCCGAGCUUGACGUGGCUGAAGUGGACAUCGCUCGAGCUGCACCGGCACCUACAGUAGUGGAGCCCGAAGAAGAAGAAGAAGAGGAAGAAGAAGAAGAGCCAGAAGAGGAGGAGGAAGACGAAGAAGAGCCAGAAGAGGAGGAGGAAGAAGAAGAAGAGGAAGAGCCAGAAGAGGAGGAGGACGAGACCGAAGAAGAAGAGGAAGGCGAAACCGAGGAAGGCGAUGAGGAGGAGGACGAGGGUGAAGAAGUUGGUGAGGAGGAGGAGGAUGAAGAAGAAGAGAUGGGAUUUGAGGUUACCCUUGUCAACACCCGAGGAACCAUCACACCCGAACCAGUUGAUGUUGUCGUUGGAUCUUUGCCCCGCGGUGCCUGUGUUGGUGAAAUUUUGCCUGCCACUUCUGGUGUCUAA